GUGAUCAGCUGUGUCCAAUCACAACUGAUCACUAUGGAAACACAUUUGCUGGUUAUCGGCAGUACUUUGCUCACGCUGUCACAGUGUGAGGAAUGUACUGCCGUGCAGUGCUGCCCAUCAGUGCCUAGCAGUGCUGACUUUCAGUGCCCAGUGCUGCUCAUCAGUGCCCAACAGUGCUGCCCAUCAGUUCCCAACAGUGCUGCCAAUCUGUGCUUGUCAGUGCUGCCUAUCAGUGCCACCAGUCAGUGCCACCAGUCAGUACCCUUCAGUGCUACCUAUUAGUGUCCUUCA